AUGGGUCUGCUCAGCUUUCUGACCGGGCGGAGGAAUGCCGGCGGCGCAGACCGAUCUCGGGAACCGACAUCGUCCAUCGCCCACCAACCCUAUCACACAACUGUAGCUGCGCAUCCUCCCGUUCGAGGAACCCGAGCGGUCUGCGGAAACGGACCUGUCUCACUGGAACAGCUGCAACGGCAGGCCGCACGGAAGCGACCCAGCCAACCCCAGCUUGCCACUGGGCCCGUGAAGCCCUUCCUCCUCGGCGUCCUUGACGAGCGGCCAUCCAGUGCGCCCGGCGAUGAGGCAGAUGCAUGGCGACCCAGAUCGCCCAUCGGGAACCCGCAAUUCCCCGCGCUGGAGAGCUACCACAGCAACAGCAGCCGGGGACGAAGCCUGGUUCGAAGGGACCAUGGCGCUCACUCCGUGACGCCGUCCAUCUCGACUUCUAACAGGACGACGUUGGCGACAAUCAGCGCCGUAGAAUUGACAGCUGGAGCCGUGACCGGCCGCAAGGCCACGCGGUACGUCGACAUCUUGGACGCACAGGGAGAGAUCAAGCCGUCCGAUUUCAAGUCGAGACUGCGAGCCGCCGGCGCAAGAGACUAUGGCGAGGACGUUGCGGAUCGGAAUAUCGGCGAGAACGGCGUGGACCUCACGACCCCGGCGGUGCAGCGCUUCUACGCGGCGUUGGAGCACACGGCGACGAAACCCAUGUACGAGAGGCGGGCCACCAUGAUCACUCUCCCUACGUUGAGGCGUGCAGAAGCGACGAUGCUCAACCUUGCCCGAACCGACGAACAGGAUGAGCCUGCUCAUGAGCCUGCUCCUUCCUCCAAGAGACGCUCGGUUCACGGCCUGGAAUCGGCCGCAGAGGUGGAGGAGAGAAGGAGCCGCCGGAAGGAAGGCGCAUCCCAACGUACCAGGAGCCUAGACUCGAGGACGCUGCUUGCGCUGCCGACGCCAACACCGAGCCAGAACCCGCCACCGGAACAUGGCCUGCGCCACGUACUCGGUUCCAUAGAUGCCAACUCCGUCGUGCGUGUCUCAACGCCUAAGGGAAGGGAGCGCAGCACGUCGCCGACUCUUGUACCAGGAUCGACACCACGAGGCUGGAUCAGCACCGAGAGACGACAUCCGGAUCGAACGGCCAGCAAGCGACACAGGGGCAGUGAGCUUCUCAGCGUGCAGGCAUUCGAGUCGUCGGGGCAGAGCAGUCGCGCGGCCUCACCUCCCGCCGUGCCGAGGUACCGACCCCUGAGCGCGAUGGGCAUAACGAGCGACAACGGCAAGGCGCCGGCGACGCCCUCGAAUAUGUCUACCCCUAGACGACGGCAACGAAGGGAAGGCGGAUAUCUGGACGAACGGGCUUACACACCCGUCGCGGCGGCGCAUCGGGAGAUGCGCAUCUACGACAGCCAACUGCUCUACGCAGGUCUCUCAUAUGAGCCUCGCGGUCGCGACGAGUCUCGCGAGCAGACGGCCUUGCCGUUGCUGAGGGGAUACAGCUCAGACGAGGGGAGUCUGAGCGACUCUGCGCCCGCGCCAUCUGUCUCAACUCGUCGCAGAGACGCCUCCCGCAGCCGCAGCCGGCCCAAGCGCGGCUCUCACGCGCAAUGGAAGAGCCCUUGGAUCAGCCGCGAGGCCCUCGCAGGCGCCGACGCACCCGGCCCGUCAGAAGCCUCGGCCGGAUCAUCGUCGCAACACGGACGCAACCGGUCCUGGAGCUGCCUAUCAGCGCCCGGGCACCGCAGCGGCGGCGCGAGCAUCAACGAUUUCGUCGGCUACGUGCCCCCGCGGAACUCGUCGCUGCGGCAAUGGUCCGUCUCGUCCAUCACGCCGACAACGGAGCUUUCCGACGGCUGCUCCACGAGCACGAACCUGUUCCCGCGCCCGCAGAGCAAUCAUACGGCCAACACGUCGCUCGACAUGCCACUGUCGGUCAAGCAGCCCAUGGGUGGUGCGGAGCCGAAGACAUUCUCGGCCGCCGGCUCCACCGCGCAUAUCCUUCCCGGCGGGUCGCUUUACGUCCCGUCUCUCGAGGACGAUGCCUUUACGGAGACGACUAUUGGCUCGCGAACAGAGUCUCGGACGGGCUUCUUCGACGCGAACCUUUCUGCGGGCAAGGCCGACAGCAUGGACUUUGAAGCCCAGGAGUGCGGCUGUCCGGGCGCCGUCAGCGCUGCCGACAGUGACUCUGACGUCGACUCCUUUGUGGAGAAGCGCCGGGCUCAGGUCAAGGACGACGAGGCUCUCCUCUUCAAGGAUGAGGGCUACGGCAAGGCGGGCACUGACCUACCCGGCCUGUUCGAUUCGGAGCCGAGACACAAGCCAUGCCUGAUGUGUUCCCUGCUGCAUUGCGCUGCCAUCGACCCGCCGUUCCUGGUCGACGGGCCGGCGAUGCUCCCGCCGUGCGGACACAAAGAGGGCAUCACGCGGCGGGACAGGCUCCGCGCGCUGGGGUAUGAGUACGACACGGACGAUAGCGCGUCUGAGCCGGAGGAGCCGCCAGAGUCCGAGGCCGAGCCGCAGCAGGGGAGAGGCCGGGGCCGCUCGGUCACCGAGAAGCCUACCAUGGCAAACGCAAGCCCACAUCCAUCGAGGGACAGCUCGCUCAAAGCGGUACCGCGGCAAGCCCAAGAAGCAAAGCGCAGCAAUGGCAGGAGAUUGAACCGGAGCCGCGGCGUCAUCGAGCCAGUCCUCGAGGGCUACGAGGGCCACGACGGGGACGUGGAGUUCUAA